GUCUAUCCGCGGAACCGUGUGUGAAGCGAGCGGCGCGUGUGUGUGGCCAGAAAUACGCGUCGGUCCGUAUCGCUUCGGCAGUCGAUCGCGGCGCGAGCAGCGGAACCUGCUCAGGUGUUGCGUUCUCCGCGUUCCUCCGUUUGCGCGGCGUGCGAUGCGAACAGUGGCUCCGAGUGGCUUGUAAACACGUGCCGACGACUCGGGAGAGAAUAUUCACGGCGACGUUGAACCACACACAAUGAACGACGAAGAGGAGCAGCCGCGGGCCACCACGCGCGAAAACAUGUCGCUCUAUAAGAUCGGUUCGUACGUGCUCGCGUUCGUGUUGUUGGGAGCGGUGGUCGGACUCACGCUGGCGCAACGGGAUGACAGCUUCGUAUUCCCGGACCAGGUCCCGGAGAAAUCACCGGGAUUCGACUCUCCAGAUUUGGCGCAAAUGCUGGAGAUCGCGCAGAAACUGAACGACAUGGACUCGGUGGAUGACGUGCUUAAAUACGUCGAAGGGGUACCGGAAAGUAACCUAAGAUCUCCUUCAAUAGGACUCCCUGGUCCGGUGUCUGAGCAGGAUGGCCCGAUACUUCAAGGAGGUCUAUUCCAUAGUAGAAUAGGUGGAGACGGCGAGGAACGUUCCAAAGCCGAGCAACCGCUAUCAGCUAAGUGUGAGCCAGAGUUGCAACCAGUCACUCUGAAGGUGGAUAACGACCCAUCGAAGUUUUAUUAUCCCUCUUGCACGCGAAUUCACAGAUGCGGGGGGUGCUGCUCUCAUUCGUUGCUAGCGUGUGAACCGGUUGAGACCAAUGUUCGGAACUUCGAGGUAAUGGUGAUGUCCCUGGUUGGCCGUAAACUGAGGUAUCAGGACAAACGCAUCGUGCCGCUGGAGGAGCACACGAAAUGCAAGUGCGGCUGCAGAAUUAAGGCGGAGCAUUGCAACGAGAGGCAGUCGUACAUAAACGCCGAGUGCAGAUGCGCGUGCAACAACGUCGACGAAGCGGCGAAGUGCAUAAAGAAUAGUACCAAGGUGUGGAAUCCAGAUCGUUGUGUCUGCCUCUGUAGGGACGAGCAGGAAUGUUCUACGGGAUUUUAUUUUGAUCAGAACACGUGCAGGUGUAAGCAAGUACUAUUAUCCAAGACAUGGUUCCAACCCACAAGGGGUACAGACUAUAGAUUUGCUCAAACUCAGAAGCCAGACAAUGUACCGCCUGUAAUAGUGCCACUAGAUGCUGCAGAUCCUAGGAGAAAACCCAAAGACGACCCAGAAUACUAAAACGAUUUAGGAACCUGUAAACUACAUCACAAGACUCGCGAGACAGCUAUUUAAAUGAACAUGCUUCCCACAUCCGUGCCAUUUUAUUGCAAUAUAAAACAUGUAAUUAUAGUAUUCGUAAGAUAGUAUUAAUUCAGUAUCGCAGGAUGUAAGUAAUGUUAUAUUUUUACAUAUCAAAAGACUUUGUGAUAUAAAGGAAUACAAUUAUUUAAAAAGAAAA